CCUGAACGUCUCUCCACUCAGCUAAGCUCUUGUUCAAAAUUCGCAUUCCCACAUUUAUUAUAAUCUUCGCAGUUCCCAUCAAUCGCCCAGUGCAUAAACACGGAUGGAAAAAGAACGAACAAAGAAAUAAAAUAAUACUGUAAAUAUAACAGAAAAUCUCCACACAUCUAUGAGCAAUCACCAUGCCAUUUGACAACGACCGAGUCACCGCGAUCCUGGCCUCAGUGUCGAGCGCCGGCCUCGCCGCCAACGCCACCGGGGCCAUCCCAGUCGGCUUCAGACCCACCACGGACUUACUCGUCUCCUUUGGAGCCAAGCAGGUCGACCUGGGGAACUCAUUUGUCAAGAGCGAGUGCGCCGAGGCACCAAAGAUCUACUUUGAAGCCGAGGAUGCGGUGCCCAGCUCGGCGGCCUCAACAACCGCGACGUAUACGCUCUUCCUCGUCGAUCCCGACGCCCCCUACCCCAACGACAACAAGUUUGCAAACUGGAGGCACUGGGUCGUCACGGGCUUGAGGCCGGCAGCUUCGGGUUCGCAUGGUGGCCAAGAUGUCGCUUCCGCAGGCACGGCCUUGACCCAGUACCUGGCGCCAGGGCCCAAGGAUGACUCCGAGCCACAUCGAUACCUGUUCCAGCUCUUCCGUGAGCCUGAAGGGGGCCUCGGACACCUGACCAAAGCCGAUAUUGGUGGCGAGGAGUUUGUCGAGCGUCGCUCCUUUGACAGUGUUGGCUGGGCUGCCGCUCAUGGUCUAGAGCUGGUCGCCGUGAACUGGAUGUCGUGUGCCUCUGACGCAUGGGUUCGGAAUGCGUGAAGCAUGAUUCCAACUAAAUUUGUGAUCCUUGGGGGGAAACUUUUAGAGCGAUAAUUCCGAAUUUUAGACUAUUUGGAGUUUAGUUUCUUUUGUUGCACAUCCUGGGCAAAUUGGCUGGCAUCGUGUUUGAGGUUCAGGCCAAAGCAAGAGAACACUUGGCGACUUCAACAAGCUGAGAACCCGGUGGAAAUGAUGGCGUGGAGGGACCAGUACCCCAUUCGAGCUUCUUCGUUUCAACACAGUGUGCAGGUUGAAUAGACCUAGGGUGCAUAGUGAAAUUAUAUGUAAUGUUGAAGCUUCGGAAAUAAGCAUACAGUACAGUGAGACCAUCGUUUACAAACGGCCCCUAGGCUGUCCAAGAGUGAACAUCCAAGUUAAGAAGAUAAUAGUGGAGUGGACGACUAGUAUUCAUCGCCUGUCUGACCGAUGGUCAUUGUCCGACGGCCUAUACCUGAAAUCUUCAUACCUAGGGGCUAGGCCGUCGCCGAAACGGCCCCCUUGGCCAUACCGUCCAUACCCAGAAUUCCCG